GCCGGACCAUGUUCGCGCAGUCGAAGAGCAUUAACGUUCUUUGAUCGAAGCACAUUUAUGCGAUGCGUCUGUUCAAACGUUAUACUACCGAUACGAGCCCGCAGCUCGUCUCGGCUGUACCUAUAUCUCAAGACGUUACGGCUGCGAAUAAUGCCGAAAGCAAUACAUCCGUGAGAUCGGAGGAUAAAUCGAAGACAGACGACAAAUUAGACGAUAUUCUUCCAGUCAAAGAAGAUACCGACACGCAAAAAGAAUCGACGGAUUCUUCUAUUCUGGCUCGUAAAGGAAUCUCAACGUGGGGACGAAAGAUGGGUCGACGAUGGGAUCAAAUGAAGAGAUCGGACAGCUCCGAAUUGCUUUCGGUACCGCGACGACGACGACGGUGGAGUCCACAUCGGAAAAGCGGCUACGAUGAAAUCUCGACCGAAAAUAAAAACGGAAAUACUGAACUCCCAAGGCCUAAAAGAAUUCCCAGAGUAGAAUCUUUGAGAAACCUGUUUAAGACCGGCAGCGAUCAUUCUGUUUACGGCAAAAAUUCUACCAGAAGCGCGACGAUACAAGAGGAGGAUACUGUUAAAGUUAACCAUUGUCCGAUGGAGAAAACGCUCAGCGAAGGAGCGAUCAGGAAGCUUCCGUUUCGAAGAAUUUGUCGUGAGAAUUUCAAUGAUCGCGAAUUCGCUGAAAUCGAUCGGGAAUUGUUUCUCCGUAAAAAGAAAUUACAGCUAAGUCGCAGCAUACAAGAUCUUCAAGAGCAACAGCGGGUCUUGGAUUUUAUACUCAAAAAUCAUGAGAGUCUGAAAACACGUCAGGAUGACACAUUCACACGAGAAACAUUGGAGAACGUUGGUACGAGCGUGAAUCCGAGGUCUUCAGGAGAAAUAAAGUGUAGGAUUCCGACGCGAACGUCUGAUCAUCAAUCUGCCAAUAACGUUAGUAUCAAUGAAGUUAAAGGAAAUUCCUAUCCCCAGGGAUUAUCUUCCGGUUCGUUGACUGGUUUGGAAGAUUUACUGAGCAACCUGCGUAUAGGUUGUGAUGAAAGUGGUUACGAUUCGGAUAGUACGCGAACCGGCGCGGAUUCGCCGGAUAGCGAAAAAUCGGCGGUGCCUUCCUUGUUGAAACCGCGCAGUUUUUCAAUAACAUCGUACGAUUAUCGCGGCAUUGACUUAUCGCCAAUCAGUGAUAUCUCGAGGAAAGAAAAUGCAGGUACAGUGACUGAACCACGUUCAUCAGAAACAUGCAUCUCGAAGAUCGAGAAGGUCAACGUUACUAUUGCCGCUAUCGAUGCCACGGUGAACAAUUCUUCCUUCGAUGAUUCGACCACAACCCAAUCCACUACAUUAAUGUCGGAACAGGAUAAUGAUACGGACAACUGCGAUAAAGAUACUUUUCCCGAUUUUCUAGAAAAUCAGCCGGAUUUAACAAGAAUUUAUUCUAAAACGGAACCAGAUCUCUUACCAAAAUCUUGCAAGGAUCUAAUGAAAGCAGCAUCUACGACUUCUGCUUUGAUCGACGAGGAUUUAACAAAACUCCAAGUGGCAUACCGUAAUGAUCUCGACGUUACACUGCAAUGUGACGAUGCUGAUGCGAAUGGUAUCGAUGAUACUAAAAUGAAAGCUGAUUCUAAUGAGAGAGAACUUUGUGUAACACCAAAAAGUUAUGUUAACGUAUCUCAGAUGGCUAAAUUUCAGAAUUUAUUGAAAGACAAAAAGUCCAAAAAUAGAAAAUGUUCAAGUCCAAGUGUAUUACACUUAUUAGAGCAUGCUGCGUCUCCAUGCAAAGACAGCCCACCGGCUAACAAAGUUCAUUCCUUAACUGCGAUGACUAACCCUUUACGAUAUUACAGCCCAAAGAGAUCGCGUUCCACAUUAGAACUUGAUACAUUGGACGUGUUGAGGAACGUGGCAAAGAAAACGAUUUGUAUGUCCUCGGUUCCUAUCACUUCCGUUAAAUCUGUCCCUGCCACUAACAAAAUCCUAAUACGACGUGAAUUGAAAACGAUGAAACUGACGGUGAACCACACGGCGGGUCUUGGUAUUUCGGUCGAACGAUGCGAGGCGGCUAGGCCAUUCUACGUGAUCGCCAAAAUGGAUUCUAAUGGCGAAGCAGCUAAAUCGAAGCAAUUCCGCAUCGGCGAUGAAAUCGUUCGAGUCUGCGGACGUAGGAUACGCGGUAUGUCGAUGGCGGAGGCGAGAAACGCUUUGCGGAGUUGCGUUGGAACGGUUGAACUGCAAAUCGCGAGAGAACCAAACUCAGUCUUCGGCGAAGAAAUCGGUGACACGUGGGGCAACGCCUUGACGCGAACGCGAAGCGAUCCCGACGCGUGGAUUUUGAAGAGCAAAAGAACUGAACAGUCAGUUUCCUCGGAUGAUGCUGUAUCUUUGACAAACGCUGGAAUCCCCCGUGCCGUUGACGAUACGACUGUUAGUCUCCAAAAGAUGACAGGUAUGAAGAAGUUUCAGGUCAUGAGGAAACGAAGCGCUGAGGCGUCCACUGUUCGACGAGGAUCCAGUUUAUCCAUUGAUCUGUUGACGAUCAUAUUGGAAAAAGGAGUACCUAAGAAAUUAGGCUUCUCCAUUGUUGGCGGCAUUGAUAGCAAUAAAGGACGUAUGGGUAUCUUUGUGAAGGAUAUUAUGCCUAGUGGACAAGCUGCAGAAGAAGGUACUCUGAGAGUGGGAGACGAAAUUUUAGCGAUUAAUGGCUCCUCGUUGGAUGGGCUGACGCACGCCAAGGCAUUACAAAUGUUCAAAAGUGCCAAAGCCGGAAAUUUGAUACUUCAUAUUGCUCGAAGAGAUCCAACGCAUAAACGGUUGUGUCACGCAAACCAUGCAUUUUAAAUUAAUAUUUAUUUAUUAACAUGAUAUGUCACACAAGCAAAGUCGUAUGAUUGCCUCGAUAAAUUAACGAAGUCCAUUGACGAAUGAAACUUUACCAUUAUGGUC